CUGGAGGACCUCAGCCAUGUCGAAGCCCCAUAGCGGUGUUGGGACAGCCUUCAUUCAGACACAGCAGCUGCAUGCAGCCAUGGCUGACACGUUCCUGGAGCAUAUGUGCCGCCUGGACAUUGACUCACCACCCAUCACGGCCAGGAACACUGGCAUCAUCUGUACCAUCGGCCCUGCUUCCCGAUCAGUGGAGAUGCUGAAGGAGAUGAUUAUGUCUGGAAUGAAUGUGGCUCAUAUGAACUUCUCUCAUGGAUCUCACGAGUACCAUGCAGAGACCAUCAAGAACUUGCGCACAGCCACAGAAAGCUUUGCUUCUGAUCCCAUCCUCUACUGGCCAGUUGCUGUGGCCCUGGACACUAAAGGACCUGAAAUCCGAACUGGACUCAACAAGGGCAGCAGCACCGCGGAGGUGGAGCUGAAGAAAGGGGCCACGCUCAAGAUCACUCUGGAUGAUGCCUACAUGGAAAAGUGUGAUGAGAACACCCUGUGGCUAGACUACAAGAACAUUUGCAAGGUGGUGGACGUGGGCAGCAAGAUCUAUGUGGAUGAUGGACUUAUUUCUCUGCGGGUAAAGGAGAUAGGUGCUGGCUUCUUGGUGACAGAAGUGGAGAAUGGUGGCUCUUUGGGCACCAAGAAGGGUGUGAACCUCCCUGGGGCCGCUGUGGACCUGCCUGCUGUGUCACAGAAGGACAUCCAGGAUCUGAAGUUCGGGGUAGAGCAGGAUGUAGAUAUGGUGUUCGCGUCUUUCAUUCGCAAGGCAUCUGAUGUCCAUGAAGUCAGAAAGGUCCUGGGAGAAAAAGGAAAGAACAUCAAGAUAAUCAGCAAAAUCGAAAAUCAUGAGGGUGUUCGGAGGUUUGAUGAGAUCCUGGAAGCCAGUGAUGGGAUCAUGGUUGCUCGAGGUGAUCUAGGCAUUGAGAUUCCUGCAGAGAAGGUCUUCCUUGCUCAAAAGAUGAUGAUCGGGUGGUGCAACCGAGCUGAGCCUGUCAUCUGUGCCACACAGAUGCUGGAGAGCAUGAUCAAGAAGCCACGUCCCACCCGGGCUGAGGGCAGUGAUGUGGCCAAUGCAGUCCUGGAUGGAGCCGACUGCAUCAUGUUGUCUGGAGAGACGGCCAAAGGGGACUAUCCGCUGGAGGCUGUGGGCAUGCAAUACCUGAUUGCCUGUGAGGCAGAGGCCGCCAUCUACCACUUGCAAUUAUUUGAGGAACUCCGCCGCCUGGCGCCCAUUACCAGCGACCCCACAGAAGCUGCCGCCGUGGGCGCCGUGGAGGCCUCCUUCAAGUGCUGCAGUGGGGCCAUAAUCGUCCUCACCAAGUCUGGCAGGUCUGCUCACCAGGUAGCCAGGUACCGCCCCUGUGCUCCCAUCAUUGCUGUGACCCAUAAUCACCAGACUGCUCGCCAGGCCCCCCUGUACCGUGGCAUCUUCCCUGUGGUGUGUAAGGACCCAGUGCAGGAGGCCUGGGCUGAGGAUGUGGACCUCCGGGUGAACUUGGCCAUGAAUGUUGGCAAGGCUCGAGGCUUCUUCAAGAAGGGAGAUGUGGUCAUUGUGCUGACCGAUUGGCGUCCUGGAUCUGGCUUCACCAACACCAUGCGUGUAGUGCCUGUGCCAUGA